UCCAUACACGCUCACUCCUCAGUCCUCAGUCUCUACCCCUGACAGUCUUUCCACGGUGUCUAGUGUGCGCUCCAAAUGUUGGUGUGAAGUGAAGGCGUGAUCCAAAGACUUUACGACCAAAAAAAAAAAAAGCGUUGAAAUGAGUCCAAUGCGAACUCACGGAAGCUGCGUUAGUGUCUCCGUCCGCUCGCCGCCUGCUUCAUCAGCCUCCAGAUGCUCCCUCUCAAAUUCCUCUGCUUCUUCAGAUGAUGCAACUUGCGGGGCACCCAUCUGGAUGGGGAAAGGUCUCACUUGUGUUUGCUUCAAGCGAAAGGGAACUUAUGAACGAAUUUUUUUCGAUUUGACACCCCAACAGGAAGAAAGAUUGAGAAGGUUAAAACGACGGAUGAGGAUCUGUUUUGAUGGUUCCAAAGUAGAACAUCAGGAAGCUUUAAGGGCUCUAUGGCAUGCCACCUACCCCGGUCAGGAGCUGAUUAGUUUGGUAUCUGAUCAGUGGAAAGAUAUGGGGUGGCAGGGUAGAGAUCCAUCAAAUGAUUUCAGGGGAGCUGGAUUCGUAUCUUUGGAGAACUUACUUUUCUUCGCCAAAACAUUUUCUACAUCAUUUCAACAACUGUUGAAGAAGGAAGGUGGUAAUAGAGCCACUUGGGAGUAUCCGUUUGCGGUUGGUGGUGUAAAUAUAACUUUCAUGCUUAUGCAGAUGCUUGAUCUGGACUCCUUAAAACCCAGAACAUUUGUGAGACCUGUUUUCCUACAAAUGUUGUCAGAAAAUGAAUGGGCCUUUGACCUACUUUACUGCGUGGCAUUUGUGAUUAUGGAUAAACAGUGGUUGGAAAGGAAUGCAACGUACAUGGAAUUCAAUGAUGUCUUGAGAACCACCCGGUCUCAGUUGGAAAAAGAACUUUUAAUGGAUGAUGUUCUCCGAAUUGAGGACAUGCCUUCAUACAGCCUUCUUUCUUGAUAUGUAACCAGCAUGAAGUUUUGGAAAAUUUGGGUCUGAGUUCUGAUAUAUUUGAAUAGGUUCAGCUGCAUAUAAUCCAUGCUA